CCAUCUCAAAAAUUUCAAAACUCAUAUCUCUGUCUGCUAAGCUAUCUCCUUCUUCCUUCCACCACCUCUCUACUCUGGUCAACAUAAACUGCGUGAACAAGGAGAGGUAGCUAGCAGUCCAACAGCGCAGCAGUCACCAUUUUCAUCACCAUGCCUAGCAGCAUGCCUGCUCUUCCAGCUGGUUUCCGUUUCCACCCAACUGACGAGGAGCUCAUCGUUCACUACCUCAUGAACCAGGCUGCCUCCAUACCUUGCCCUGUGCCUAUCAUCGCCGAGGUCAACAUCUACCAGUGCAACCCAUGGGAUCUUCCUGCCAAAGCUCUGUUCGGAGAGAAGGAGUGGUACUUCUUCAGCCCAAGGGACCGCAAGUACCCGAACGGUGCUCGCCCCAACCGUGCCGCCGGAUCGGGCUACUGGAAGGCCACCGGCACCGACAAGGCCAUCCUCUCCACUCCGACGAGCGAGAGCAUCGGAGUGAAGAAGGCCCUUGUGUUCUACGGGGGUAAGCCUCCCAAGGGUGUCAAGACAGAUUGGAUCAUGCACGAGUACCGUCUCACAAAAACUAACAAGAGCACGAAGCGCAGAGGAUCCUCCAUGAGGUUGGAUGACUGGGUGCUGUGCAGAAUCUACAAGAAGAACAACAACUUUCAGUUCUCUGAUCAGGAGCUGGAGGGCUCAACUGUGGAGGAAGACUCCCUCAACAACAACAACCUGAAUUCUACUGUUGCAUCCUCGCCAAAAUCUGAAGCUGCUGCUGCUGCUGCUGACGAUCAGUUCCACUUCCACCCGACGACGACCAUGAGCAUGAGCAAGUCGUGCUCGCUCACCGAUCUCCUCAACACCAUCGACUACUCGGCGCUCUCGCAGCUGCUUCUCGACGGCACAUCUGAUGCCCCAGCUGAUGAGCCACAGCAAAGCCCACUAAUCUACCCAACACCUGCAUGCCAAGCACUUAACUAUAACGUGAACAGCAGCAACAUCAUUAUGCCUCCACAAGUAGAUGCGUAUUCAGAUUAUAUUGCUAAUUUCAACGCCGUGAAAAGGAAGAGAAUGGCGAUGACGAUGAAUAAUGCUGCCUCCUUCGAUGAUGGCAGCAGCUUGACAAAAAAGCUGCAGCUGCCAAGUGACUCAAGGAGCGGCCAUUUUGGUUUUCAGUACAACAGCCUGCUGAGCAAUCCAUUCCUGGAGAUGCCGUAGAAUGUGAACAAUACACUAGUGCACCGAUAUAGAGUGGAUUCAUACAAGUUACAACUGAAGUCUGAAACUGCUCCAUAUGGACAAGCAGAGAUGACAGACGGGCUUCUUCCAGUCUGAAUUCAGAAUUCCACAUAUGAGAUUCUUAUUAGCUUUUCCUUCUCAUUUUCUUGCAAAAGCCUGUAAAUUAGGGGUGUACUGCAAGUCAGGUGGAGAUCAAUGAUUGAUGACCAUGUUUCUUGCACGCAUGUGCUGUUUGUAUCCUUAUCCAGUUGGAGAGGGUUGGAUUAAUAUGAUCGACUUGGCUCUCUUGGAAUA